AUGAGCUUCAUUCAGCUGGUCACCAUCAACGCGAAAGAGGGUAAGGGCGCGGAGAUCCGGAGGCACCUUGAGCAGGUGUACGAGGAUGUCAAGGCGAACGAGCCUGGAACCAAGAAGUACCACAUCGGAGUGGACACCAAAAACUCGGACACCAUCUGGCUCUGGGAGGAGUACGAGAGCGAUGCGGCUCUUCAGGACGUACACCGGAAGGGGAAGCCAUACUUGGAGUUCAUGUCGCAGAAGGACAACCUGAUCGGCGGCUUCCAGAUCCAGAGGCUCGACAAAGUCAACUAG